AAUCAGAACGUAGUUAGCCAUGGAGCUCGCACACAGUUUACUGUUAAAUGAGGAGGCUUUAGCCCAAAUUACAGAAGCAAAGAGACCAGUUUUCAUCUUUGAAUGGCUGCGGUUCCUUGACAAAGUACUUGUAGCUGCUAACAAGACGGAUGUAAAAGAAAAGCAAAAAAAGCUUGUUGAACAGUUAACGGGGCUUAUCAGCAGUUCUCCUGGCCCACCCACUCGGAAACUGCUCGCUAAAAAUCUAGCUGCUCUUUACAGCACUGGAGACACUUUUACUGUAUUUCAGACGCUUGAUAAGUGCAAUGAUAUUAUCAAAAGCAAAGAUGACACUUCUGCCUACUUACCAACCAAACUCACGGCUGUGGCGUGUGUUGGAGCGUUUUAUGAAAAAAUGGGGAGAAUGCUCGGCAGUUCUUUCCCAGAAACAGUUAACAACCUCUUAAAGUCUCUGAAAAGUGCUGAGUCCCAGGGCCGGAGUGAAAUAUUGAUGAGUUUGCAGAAAGUCCUGAGUGGGCUGGGAGGUGCUGCAGCUUCCUGCCACCGUGAUAUUUAUAAGAAUGCCCGCUCUCUCCUGACAGACCGAUCUAUGGCAGUGCGAUGUGCAGUAGCAAAAUGCCUACUGGAAUUACAGAAUGAAGCUGUGUUUAUGUGGACAACGGAACUAGAAAAUGUAGCUACUCUUUGUUUUAAGGCUCUGGAAAACUCAAAUUAUGGUGUACGAGUUGCAGUAUCCAAACUUUUGGGAACAGUUAUGGCCACAGCAUUAAUACCAAAGCAAGCAGCAGUAAUGCGGCAGAAUGUGAAACGGUCUACGCUGGAAGAGGUUUUGGAGCUUAUGGCCACAGGCUUUUUGCGAGGAGGAUCUGGAUUCUUGAAAAGUGGUGGUGAGAUGUUAAAAGUAGGAGGAUCUGUCAAUCGCGAAGUGAGAGUGGGAGUUACUCAGGCCUAUGUUGUCUUUGUCACAACGCUAGGAGGCCAGUGGUUGGAGCGCAAUUUUGCAACAUUCUUGUCUCAUGUACUGGACCUGGUUUCUCAUCCCCGGGCAACUCAGACUCACGUAGAAGCUGUGUAUUCGCGAAGAUGUGUUUCUUUUAUCCUCAGAGCAACUGUAGGCAGUUUAUUGGGCGAAAAGGCACAGAUUGCUGCCGCCAAAGAGAUUUGCCAGGCUAUUGGUAAACAGAUGAAGGCAGUAGAGGCUGUUGUGAACGAUGCUAAUAUUGAAAAUAAAUCAGGAGCAGCCGAUGUGGCUGCAAGCCAGCAUGUGAUGGUUUGUGCCCUUCAAGAGCUGGGGAGCCUUGUUCAGAGCCUGAGUGCCACUGCGUCUCCUCUUAUUCAGGAACCUUCUACAGGGCUGCUGGAGACGGUGACUUCCGUCCUCCUUCAUCCGAGUAUGGCCGCCCGCCUUGCCGCGGCAUGGUGCUUGCGCUGCGUGGCGGUGGCCUUGCCUUUCCAACUGACCCCUUUCUUGGACCGGUGUGCGGAAAGGCUCAACAAUCUGAAGACCUCGCCGGAAGCUGUGAGCGGUUAUAGUUUUGCAAUGGCGGCUUUGUUAGGCGGAGUCCAUCAAUGUCCUUUAGGCAUCCCGCAUGCCAAAGGAAAGAUGGUUGUUAGUAUUGCUGAGGAUCUCUUGCGAACUGCUGCACAAAACAGCAGAUUGUCUUUACAGCGAACGCAAGCUGGGUGGCUUUUGCUUGGUGCGCUUAUGACUUUAGGACCUUCGGUAGUUCGUUAUCAUCUUCCCAAGAUGUUGCUCUUGUGGCGAAACGUUUUCCCCCGCUCUCUGAAAGAGCUGGAAGCAGAGAAGGCUCGUGGAGAUUCCUUUACAUGGCAAGUAACGCUGGAAGGACGUGCGGGAGCUCUCUGUGCUAUGAGGAGUUUUGUUGCUCACUGUCCUGAACUUCUAACGGAAGAUGUUAUUCGCAAGUUGAUGACUCCUAUUGAAUGUGCUAUGACGAUGAUGUCUCACAUUCCCUCUGUCAUCAAGGCCCAUGGAGCUCAUCUGAAGGCUAGCGCAGCAAUGGUUCGAUUAAGGCUUUAUGAUAUUUUGGCUUUGUUGCCACCAAAAACAUAUGAAGGAUCAUUUAAUGCCCUCCUUCGGGAACUAGUGGCAGAAUUCACUUUGACAGACAAUUCUGCGAAUACUACAACAUCCCUUCUUAGAUCUCUUUGCCAUUAUGAUGACAGUGUUCUUCUUGGCUCUUGGCUGCAGGAAACAGACCAUAAAUCUAUUGAGGAUCAGCUUCAGCCAAACAGUGCCUCCGGAAGUGGUGCUCUAGAGCAUGACCCAUCUUCCAUUUACUUGCGCAUCCCCGCUGGUGAAGCUGUCCCUGGUCCGCUUCCUUUGGGAGUAUCGGUCAUCGAUGCCUCUGUGGCGCUCUUUGGAGUGGUGUUCCCUCAUGUUUCCUACAAACACAGGCUACAGAUGCUGGAUCACUUUGCAGAAUGCGUCAAGCAAGCAAAAGGCGUCCGUCAGCAAGCUGUGCAGCUUAAUAUCUUCACUGCUGUUCUCAGUGCAUUAAAGGGCUUAGCUGAAAAUAAGAGUACUUUGGGGCCAGAAGAAGUCCGCAAAUCUGCCUUGACACUGGUCAUGGGAGCCCUUGACAAUCCCAAUCCCAUCCUAAGAUGUGCUGCAGGAGAAGCUCUUGGCAGAAUGGCACAGGUGGUCGGAGAAGCAACUUUCAUUGCCCGAAUGGCUCAAUUCAGCUUUGACAAGCUGAAAUCUGCUAGAGAUGUUGUAUCAAGAACAGGCCAUUCCCUGGCUCUUGGCUGUCUCCAUCGUUACGUCGGUGGAAUAGGUUCUGGGCAGCACCUGAAAACCAGUGUUAGCAUUCUGUUGGCAUUGGCACAAGAUGGAACUUCACCUGAAGUCCAGACCUGGUCCCUUCAUUCACUUGCUUUAAUAGUGGACUCCAGUGGGCCGAUGUACCGUGGAUAUGUGGAACCCACUCUAUCUUUGGUUCUUACCUUACUUCUGACUGUGCCUCCAUCACACACAGAAGUACACCAGUGUUUGGGUCGAUGCCUUGGUGCUAUAAUAACAACUGUUGGCCCUGAGCUACAAGGAAACGGAGCUACCAUUUCAACUAUUCGCUCCUCGUGUUUAGUGGGGUGUGCAAUUACCCAAGACCAUUCAGACUCCCUUGUUCAAGCAGCUGCUAUUUCCUGCCUUCAGCAACUUCACAUGUUUGCACCACGCCACGUCAACCUCUCUAGUCUUGUUCCCAGUCUUUGUGUUCACUUGUGCAGUUCCCACUUGCUACUUCGUCGGGCUGCUGUAGCUUGUCUGCGGCAGCUUGCUCAGAGGGAAGCAGCAGAAGUAUGUGAAUAUGCCAUGAGUUUAGCAAAGAACGCUGGAGACAAAGAAAAUAAUGGCAUGAAUAUUAAUCAAUUUGCUCCAGGAGUAGGUUCACGGAGGGACAUGCAUGGCCGUCAUCAGGGGAUUAAUAUCACCGAGACUGGACUCGAGGGAGUUCUUUUCGGAAUGCUAGAUCGGGAGACUGAUAGAAAACUGUGUUCUGAUAUACAUGAUACCUUGGGACAUAUGCUUUCAUCUCUAGCUGUGGAAAAACUCUCUCACUGGUUAAUGCUGUGUAAAGAUGUCCUUGCUGCAUCCAGUGACAUGAGCACUCCGGCUCCUUUGACAGGUGAAAAAGAUGAAGAAUCAGAGAAAAAAGAUGAAAUGGAUGAUGAUUCGAUGUUUACCACACUGGGUGAAGAAGAUAAAUCAAAGCCUUCUGUGGCUCCUCGCUGGGCAACUCGAGUAUUUGCUGCCGAUUGCCUGUGCCGAAUUAUCAUGCUCUGUGAAAAUGCAAACAAAGCCCACUUUGAUCUCGCUCUGGCCCGAUCUGCCAAACUCAGAAACCCUAAAAAUGACCUUCUAGUGCUUCACCUCUCUGAUCUUAUCCGCAUGGCAUUUAUGGCUGCAACUGACCACAGCAACCAGUUGCGAAUGGCUGGUCUCCAGGCGCUUGAAGACAUUAUCAAGAAAUUUGCAGCGGUUCCUGAGCCAGAAUUUCCAGGCCAUGUUAUCCUAGAGCAAUACCAGGCUAAUGUUGGGGCUGCUCUAAGGCCAGCUUUCUCACAGGAUACCCCUUCAGACAUUACUGCAAAAGCCUGCCAGGUAUGUAGCACCUGGAUCGGAAGUGGAGUGGUAAGCGACCUGAAUGACCUCCGCCGUGUUCACAACCUGCUUGUCUCUUCUCUGGACAAAGUGCAAACAGGAAAGGGGUCUUCUAGACAGCUGUACCGGGAGAGUGCUACCACCAUGGAAAAACUGGCAGUACUCAAAGCUUGGGCUGAGGUGUAUGUUGUGGCUAUGAAGAUUAAAAAAGAAGCAGAAACUAAACCAAAGAAGUCAAUGAAGAAUGGAGGAGAUGACGAAGAUGAUGAUUAUGGAACAGGAGAUGAACUGCCACCAGACAGUUUGAUCACACUCGUGCAGCCAGAGCUGCCCACCCUUAGCCGCCUCUGGCUAGCUGCACUUAAAGACUAUGCUCUCCUGACUUUACCAGCAGAAUUUGCAAGUCAGCUUCCUCCAGAUGGUGGAGCGUUUUAUACACCAGAAACCAUUGAUACAGCUAGGCUUCACUACCGAAAUUCAUGGGCUCCAAUUCUUCAUGCAGUUGCGCUGUGGCUGAACAGCGCAGGAUUUAUGGCUUCCGAAUCGACAGAAGAGACAUCCGCAGCAAUACCUAAUCCACAGAAAAGGGCCACAUCAAUUAUGUUAAAUCCGGCACCUGGAACACCGCCUACCACCAGAUCUUUGCAAGAGAUAAACAAAGAUAGAAUGCAUUUGAUUAUGGGUGUUAGUAUACAGUUCCUCUGUUCCCCUCGACCAGAAGAACCUGUUGAACACGUUACGUCCUGUUUACAAGCACUGCACACUUUAUUGGAUUCCCCUUGUGCCAGAAUCCAUAUUGCAGAGGAUCAGCUUCUUGGCGUUGAACUUCUGAGUGUGCUCCAUCGUCUUCUGUUGACCUGCAAUCCUCCUUCAGUCCAGCUACUCGUAACUGGAGUUGUGCAGCAGAUAGUAAGAGCUGCUCAAGAUCAUUUGCAAGACAAAAGGAACACACUGAAUGAAGAAGAUAUAAAGGAUAAAGAUGCCAACACUAUCUUGGGCGAAGGAGGAGAAAGUGGGGGUCUUGUGCCCGGAAAAUCCCUCGUGUUUGCUGCCAUGGAACUGCUAAUGUUUAUCCUUGUGCGACAUAUGCCCCAUCUAAGCACAAAAAUGUCAGAUUCUCCAACUCAUAUCUCAAGCAGAACCCAACUCCCAGAAGAAAGUGCUCGUCUUGUGGCUGCCACUGUGGCCAUUCUGUCUGACCUGCCCACUCUAUGCUCUCCAGCUGGAUCCAUGACAAUAUUACCCACGGUCCUAUUUCUGAUAACACAAGUGUUGAAAGACACUGCUGUAAACGCAAUGGGAAAUCAGGUCCCACCACCAGUCACUGCAGCACUUCAAGGUCUGAAAAACAUCGUAAUACUUCCGAUGGCCAUGAAUGAAGACAUUCACAAGCAGUGGACGAACCUUAUCCGUAGCACCUUGGCUUCCAUCUUGGAAUACUCUCAGCCAGAGGCCUCAAAGCCUAUUUUGGACGAAGUAAGCAUGCUGACAGCGAUUGCACUCUUCCUUUGGUCUGCAAGUACAGAAAUAAUUGGCGUGCAGUCAUUACAGAACGGUUGCAUGAGCAGAUUCAAAACUGCGCUGAACUCAUCCGAUCCUUGGGUUCAAGCCAAGUGCUACCAGCUUCUACUUUCUGUAUUCCAACACACUAAUCGUGCUCUCUCAACCCCAUACAUCCAUUCACUGGCACCAAUCUUGGUUGAGAAACUGAAAGGGGUGGAAAAAAACCGACCAAACAACAAAACAGAGCUUUUAGCGGUCCAGGAAGGAAUUAAAGUUCUCGAAACUUUGGUCGCUCUUGGUGAUGAACAAAAUAGAGUCCAGCUGCUCGCCCUGCUUGUUCCCACUCUCAUUUCGUACUUGCUGAACGAAAACGCUUUCCCCUCGGCGUCCGCGGUAUCGAAAGAGCUCCACGAGUUUGCCCUCCAGGACCUGACACGCAUCGGGCCCCUGUACCCUCAUGCCUUCAAGACCGUGAUGGGAGCAGCCCCUGAAUUGAAAACGCGGCUGGAAACUGCAGUUCGAGCGAGUCAGGCGAGCAAAGCCAAGGCAGCUGCCAGGCAACCGCCACCCACAGUACAUUCCACUCCGACCAUUAAACUCAAAACUAGCUUUUUCUGAGUU